AUGCUUCAGAGUCGCAUUUACACUUUCCUUGUGGGCUUUACUCAUUGUGUGUUUUUUAAAGUUUCUUGUUCAUCAUCUGAAUUCAGCUUAGAUGGCGAUUACUUAUUGGGUGGCCUUUUUCCAGUACAUGAAGUUGUACAGUCGACAGUCAUGCUCUCCCCAGAGGGUGUUGAAUGUAAAAGGCAUCCGUUCUCAAAAUCUGGUUAUCAUAUGUUCCAAGUAAUGAGGUUUGCUGUUGAGGAGAUUAAUAACUCUUCCUCCCUGCUGCCCAAUGUUUCUCUGGGCUAUGAGAUUUUUGACCAUUGUUCUGAAACUAAGAACUUCCCUUCAGUCUUCAAUUUAAUCUCAGAAAAGGGAUUGCUAAAACCUCAAGAAAAACUCAACAGCCAUCAUCCUAAAAUAAUUGCUUUAACAGGACCAUAUGGAAGCACAAGAACUCUUACCAUUGCACCAUUAGUCACAAUGGACCUUAUACCAUGGGUUCAAUAUGGAGCUGCCAGUCAUCAGUUAAAUGAUAAACUUCAGUAUCCAACUUUCAUAAGAGCAAUCCCUAGCAACAAAGACUUGAUACCGAUGAUUAUUCACAUCUUACAGUGGUAUGGAUGGAACUGGGUUGCCUUUCUUGGAGGUCCAGACAAUUACAGUGAAGAUGGUCUAAGUCUGUUUUACAAGUAUAUUAGCAAUACUGGCAUUUGCUUGGCCUAUCAAGAGACUCUUCACAUACGAGGAAACUACAAUCAAACACUUAAAAAUAUCAAUAUGCUAAACAUUAAUGUCAUUGUGGUUUUUGCUUUACCAAUAUAUGCAGAAACCACAUUGAAAGCUGCCAUAGCAAACAACGUCCGAGACAAAGUUUGGAUUGCUAGUCAAACAUGGUCUAUGAGUCAGCAGCUUCCAAGAGAGCCAGGAAUUAAGAAAAUUGGUACAGUUAUUGGCAUUACAGAGCGAUUAUUGUCAUUACCUGGAUUUGAUAAGUUCAUUUAUAAACUCAAAGCAACAACAAAUAAAGAUAAUAAUAGUAAUGUUUUAGUACAGGGGAAUAUUUGCAAUCAAGAAUGUAAGGAAAGUGCAUCGUUGACUGCAAAGGAAAUUAUAAAUGAAAAUCCCACAUUCUCCUUUGCCAUCUAUGCUGCCAUAUAUACCAUAGCUCAUGCCUUGCAUAAAGUUCUACAGUGUGACCCAGAUGAAUGCCGCAAAAAUACAACCUUUAAACCAUACAUGCUUCUGGGCGAAAUGAAGAAGUUGGAUUUUCCACUCAGUGGCCGUACAGUGAAAUAUGAUGUUAACGGCAAUCCAGUUGUCAAUUAUGCAGUCGUGCUGUGGCACACUGAAACAAAUCCUCCACGGACUGAGAUGGUGGGCACCUAUGACACGUAUCCAGAAAUUACUUUUGCAAUAGACAACUCUCUCAUGCCCUGGCGUAACAAUACUUCUGUUCCUUUCUCAAACUGCUCUGUUGAGUGUAGGGAGGGAUAUUCGAGGGAACAAGAGGGAUUUCAUGCUUGCUGUUUUCGGUGCAAAAAAUGCCCACAAAACACCUAUGUGGAUUAUUCUCGUGACCCUUAUACGUGUUAUCCAUGUGCAGAGAGCGAAUGGUCUGAUGAGGGCAGCACGACAUGUAAGAUUCGUUCUGUCGUCUAUCUUCAGUUCACAGAAAUCACCUCCAUUGUUGUCAUCUUUUUCACUGCAUGCCUGAUUACUCUGCUCAUUUUCAUCUUUUGUCUUUUCGCCUACAAUUCUAACACACCAGUGGUGAGGUCUGCUGGUGGCAACAUGUGUUUCCUUAUGUUGGCGUCUUUAACUAUGUCUAGCAUAAGUGUUUUCUUUUUCUUUGGACAACCCACGUCUGCAGACUGUAUCCUGAGAGAUUUCAUAUUUUCGUUUUUCUUCACUAUCUGUCUCUCCUGUAUGACUGUUCGUUCCUUUCAGAUUGUUUGCGUCUUCAAAAUGGCCGCCGAGUUCCCUAAACUACACGGCUUGUGGGUAAAGCACAACGGCCAGUGGCUCUUCAUUUUGUUUUCGUCUUUUCUUCAUUUUAUUUCUUGUGUUUUAUGGGCAACUGUCUCACCUGACCAUCCCUUCAGGGACUCAAUUACUUUUAAUGAUCAAACUAUGCUCAUUUGUGAGAGGAGAAACACGCUAACCAUCAGCAUAGUUUUGUUUAUAAGUUGGUUUCUUGGUUUUCUGUGUAUCUCGUUUUCUUACAUGGGAAGAGAUCUGCCAAAAAGUUACAAUGAGGCCAAAUCAAUUACCUUCAGUCUGCUUAUGUACUAUCUGAGCUGGAUUACAUACUUCACAAUUUAUCUCACUUUUAAAAGCAAAUAUGUCUUGCUUUUGAAUGCAUUGGCCCAAAUAUCCAGUAUAUAUGGAAUUCUCUUCAGCUACUUCAUACCAAAAUCUUACAUCAUGUUAUUUCAGCCCAAGAAGAACACUGCUGCAUACUUUCAAACAUCUAUUCAGAAUUACACCCAAACCAUUAGUAGGAGUUAA